GCCCGCUCACGUCAUCCUCUUUCCGGAGGCGGCUGCAUCCACCGACGUCAUGCGGCCCCCGCCGCUGUCUGGCCAUCGUCGCGCACGUGUUUCCCUGAAUCGGCUUUCCCACGGAUGCAUGGCUAUUGUCACUCGCAUAAAUGGACAUAUACAUGGUGGAUCAAGAUUGCAACAUCCCAUUAGCAUACCAGAUUCAUUGCUGUGGAUUCUAUGAGGUCCUGCGGGGUGCAACCACUUCCUCGUUGCUGCAUCAAUGCAAUAUCCUAUCUUUGAGCUCCAACGCUAGAACAUACCCUAGUAACCUCAGUAUAUCGGUAUCUGCCAAUCUCAGACGUCGAAGGUCUCUAGGGCUCUCCAUAUGCGUUCCAAUGAGGGAAAUGACCGCCAACAUAACGACAAAGGUGCCGUCCUUCCUUGGUAUGAGGAUAUCUGCCCGAAACGAGAUAGAGUUGGCCCGGAGAGUAUGGCAGCGUUGGAUUGAUGCCCGGCCCUAAAUGU